UUCAGGACGAGAUGCUGAUGUAUAUGCCAGCUGAGCAUAGGCAGAUGCUGUUGGACUUCAGUGCACGUUGGCAAGCUGUGGGAGGCAUUCCCGAGUUCGUGAGGAAGUGCCAGGCCGUGGAGGAUGUCGAUGAACUUUCACAGGCCUACAAUGAAUGUGUCGCAGCACUGACCGAGCUUCGCCGAUUUCAUCUUGCCACGGUGAGAAGAUAUUUGAUGCGCACGGCGAAAGGAACCGGCGCCACGACUUGGCGAAUGCUGUUGCAGGAUAUGCUGGAUGCCACUCAGGCCGCCCUCCUGCGCUGAGUGCUUGGCUGAGUGCUUUGCACGACUUUUUCUCGGAGCGAAGCUUAGAAUUCAGGUCAUGAAAUCAUUUGAACAGCUUUGAAUCGAACUCCAUCCUGCUGGAAAUGCCGCCUCAAGAAAGUGAAG